UCUCUGGUACGCGCACUAUUUUCUUGAGUCUGGAAUGGGAUGGUUUUGCUGUCGUGUCCCGUUGCCCGCCACGUCUCCGACAGCCUGAACGAUUCCCCGAACACCCCCCGAGCCGCCGUUCCGUACCAGAAGUCUUCGUCCGGCACCCAAAAAUGUCGCUCGGAGCCAUUCUUGAGCCCCUGGUGGUCGUGAGCCUGCUGGCCGGCGGUGCCCUUGUGAACCGCAACACCAGCUACAACCUCGCCACCGGCGCCAGCCCCGUGUGGCAGCAGACUGGCAGGAGAUCCUCGUCGUCCCGGAGGAGAGUCGACAAUCCAGCCAGCCCUCGCGACCUCGAAACCGGAAAGUCGCCGGCCGAAGGCGAUGUGCUCGGCCUGGGUGCCUGGACCUGGUCGUCCAACAGCUCGACGUCGUCCCUGACCGAUCUCACCGACGACGACCAAGACCCCACUACGCGGCUGCGGACGCUGCGCUUCUUCGGAUGGAAGCGCACCGUCAGGACCCCCAACACGGAGGUCUUCAGGGACCGGUUGCUGAGCCGGGUGCUCCGCCGGUUCCCCUUCCUCGUCGAGACCUGGUACUGGGCGCUUAUCUACUGGGUCUAUCAGCUCGGUCGUGCCUUUACCGCCCUUACCCUCGACGACGGGACCGUCGAUGUCGCCAGAAAGCAUGCCCUCCAAGUCAUCCACCUCGAGCAGCGCCUCCACAUAUUUCUCGAACUGCCCGUGCAAGCGUGGUUCCUGAAACACCCGUUCAUUAUGCUAUGGACGAAUAGGAUCUACUCCUUCAUUCAUAUCCCUGGAACGAUCCUCUUCCUCAUCAUCCUCUUCUACCUCACGACAACCCGGCCCACCCGCAAGCUGCAACAGGCGCAAUCUGAGGGCGUGUCGCCGACACGAUGGAGUGCCGUUCUCGGCCGAUUCGGCCCCCAUAUCUACGAGAAGCGGCGGAGGACCAUGGCCAUGUGCAACCUCAUUGCCUUCAUCGUCUUCACCUUCUGGCCAUGCAUGCCCCCACGCCUUUUGUCCGACCCGGAGUAUAACGGCGAGCACGCUGAAGAGUCUAAGGGCUAUGGGUUCGUCGACACGGUCCAUGGAGCCGAUGGUGAGAGCAGUGUCUGGACCUCGAAUCGUUUCUGCAACCAAUAUGCGGCCAUGCCCUCUCUGCACUUCGGCUACUCGUUCCUCAUCGGCCUCACCAUCGCGACCGCGCCCGUCCGAGGACGGAUGUGGAAGCGGCUCGCCAUCAUCUGCACAGGCAUGAUCUACCCGGCCAUCAUCCUCGCCGCCAUCGUCGCCACAGCGAACCACUUCAUCCUCGACGCGGUCGCCGGCGCGCUCGUCUGCGUGACGGCAUGGUACGGCAACGGCUUCCUGCUCAACCUCCUCCCGGUCGAGGACUACUUCCUGUGGGUCCUGAGGAUGCACAAGCCCGAGAAGACCUCCCUCGACGGGAAGGGUCCCCAGCUUCGCAUUUGAGGGGAAGGAGAUAAAGGAACCUGCUGCUGUUCCUUCCCCAGUGCUAAUGGCCGUGGCAAGGCAAGACAAGACAAUAGACCUUCAUGGGCGGGGCGGCUCUUGAUUGUCAUGGAAGAUACCGGGAAACGACGACUCGUUCUUCGCUUUUUCUUCUCUCACAUCCGUUUUAUCUAAUACUCAUUUUAUCGGUGUUGGAUGUCGUAACAUUAUUCUGUACAUAGAUGGACCUGGCUCUUGCCGACGGCGACAUGAUCACAAGAUACAUAGCACUUAAUAUCAAAUUCAACGCAGUCGUUCGUUGUCUGUCUUAAUUUGUUCCUCCCG